AAAGGCAAGAUGCUAUGAGAAAAAAGAACAGAAAAAUGCAGAAUAUUCAAUUGGAAUAUGGCACAUUAGCACUAGCAAUCAACAUGGAAUGAGCGCCCACUAAAAGAUGGAAAGAAGCAAAGGGAAAAUCUUAUCCAGAAGGCCAUCCAAUGAACAUGCAGCAUCUCUCACUUCUCAGUCAAACCCAAAAAAAAAAAAAAAAAAGCUCAUAAAACCACACGACAUGUGUGCAUUUUGAGCAACAUAAGUGGGUUAAGUGUUGAGUAGUUUGCACUGCAGAGAGGGAUAUGCGCCAUUGACGGUGAUGAUGGUUCGUUCUCUAAUGGCGGCAGCGGCACCAAAUUCGUCGGCCACUACCAGUAGUAUUAGCAACAGCGGCGCCAAUCACAAUGCUGCUGCAGAUAGUACUUCACCGCUGCCCUCGCAACUGGUAGUACCUCAGCCGUCCCGUCAUAGCUCGAUCACCCGCAGGUCUGUGGGCUUGAGUUUGAUGGGUGGGCUAGUGGGCCUGAAGUUUGUUUCGCCGGAGGGCGCCAAUGCAGCGGCGAGAAGGCCUCCCCCGUCGCCGCCGGCAGAGAAGAAGGACCCAAACAUCAGCGGCGUUCAAGCGAAAAUUUUGGCUAGCAAGAAGAGAAAGGAAGCCAUGAAGGAUAUGGUGUCAAGGUUGAGAGAGCAAGGAAAAGCCUUAGAAUAGAAGAGGCCAUCGUAACAUGAUUUAUGUACAACUCUCCCUCGUUUGUUAUCGGACUAUUGAUGAUCAUUAAUCACCUAGUUUCAUAUAUAUAAAAGACACUCUUUGAGUAUUCAUGGUACCAAUCCAUUGCUUAUAGGGCUUGUUUUUCAUUAACAAAUAGUUCAAAGCAUGAAAAAGAGUCUUGCCUACAUAGGUGGUGUAUUUGUAUACGGGUGUUCAGACGGUGUGGUUAUCAUGGAAACCGUUUUAAACGGUAGUAUUUGGCAAAUUUGGAUAAUG